AUGAAACCUCGCGCAGUAUUCUCACUCAUUGCACUAGCUGCAUUCACCGCUGGUCGCGUUAUUCAAGGACCUUUCAGAUCGGCCACUGUCACCAGCCUUCUCCCCACAUUGCAGUUGCGCAAUCUGCAGGUCAACAAGACCGAUAUCGCUGCAAGCAUCGCUGCCGACCAUGACUCCAACCCAGAAGACACUUGGUCCUCAGAUCCAGACGACGAGGAAGAUGAACAUCCACUCACACUCACUCCCGAGCAGCAGGAGGCCAUCUGGUGCAAAGCCAGGAGUCGCGGUGUCAAGAUGAUCAAAGCCAUGAUGAUGAACGACGGCGAAGCGCAGACCAUGCUAGGUUGGCCAUACAUACAGAGCCCAUGGGAUGGCGACCUCAAGCCUGAAUUGGAGAAGUGGGGAUAUCUCGACGAUGACGAGAAGCACGAAGAGGUGGAUGACCAAUGUGACUUCGAUAAGACGCACGAGAUGGCCGACGCUUUCAAAGAUCUCAAUGUAGAUCCAAGAUCAGCGGGGAGUGGCGGCCCCAACCAUUGCUUCUAUGUCGAGCACAUGAACGGUCCUGCCGUCACUCGUGAUGAAGACGGUGAGCUGCCAUUUGAGGAAGACCAGCACUAUCUCGUCGAUGGCAAAGACUAUCAAGUCACACAAGCCUAUGCUAAGAUCGGCGUCAAUCCCACCAACGGACUCGUUUACUUCAUCCACCGUGAGAGCCCUGAGAGCGCUGCCGAAGAACACUGGAAGCGAAAGCCUGCUGCAAACGAGCUGCCGGCACUGAGAGCAAGUUCUGACAUUGCAUGGGGGAUGUGGAAUCGAGUCGCAUCAGCCGACUUACGCAACUUGAACUACUUUAUGGCAGUGCAGGUAAUCAAUCCGGAGACGCAAUACAUCAUGCAACGCGCUCUGGAGCAACACAACGUUGCCGUGGUGCCAGCAUGGCCAGGCAAAGACUUUGAGUUCGCCGUACCCAACGGUAGAGAGCACGAGAUGGAGGCCGCAUUGGCACUACUAGGUUCCUCUAACGGACUUGGCGCUGGUUACUUUAUAAUCCAACAUCGACCUCAACUUGGCUGGAAGUAUAUUUGGAAAGUGAAGAUCUUUAUGGCCGGUCAAGGUGAGUGGGCCUUGCCUAAUGUUCUUUUCUAUGUCUCGGACCACGCCACUUUGGAAGGAGAGGGACCGCAACGUCUUCUAGAUGAGCAAUUGGAGAACCUGCACAUUUCACAGCGUCGCAAGAGGGAUACGUAUGACACUCCUAAGCCCAAGGUUGUGCAUAGGAGUAAGGACGGCAAAAACGUAAUCCGUGAGCAUGUCUUCAUGGCCAGAUUGUAA